GUAUCGCUGACACCCAGCACAUGUGCUAGUGAUUUAUGAAGUAGUAAAGACCUAAUUGUGAGAUUUUGGCGAGUUGAGCAACAAUAUUUACUCCCAGGAACAAGUACUGACGAAGUGAACGAGGCAUCUGGUAAUACGGUGUAAGAUGUAUGAGAUUUCGGAGUGAUGCCACUAUAGAUCUAAUACUCCUUGUCCGUGUGAUGCGACAUUUCGAUAACGGGGAGGCAGCGGAUAUAAGGAAAAUCUAUAUCCUGUGAAAAUAUGAGUUUAAAUCAUCUAGAUCCCACAAGUUCGGACGUUUACAUUAAUGAAACAUAAUGUAACUGUGUAAUCAUACACAAGGCUGAGUGACAAGGUCGAGGAACGAUUUGACAACUCACUCGGGGAGGAGGACUUUUGUCGCCAAAGGGGAAAUACUUGGGAUAUUGAAACAUUUUGCAAACCAAUAUUUGUAAAUAAAUCAAUCAUCGCUUGAUAUGAUUUGAUUCGAAGCAAUUUUUCGAUGCUUUAAACAACUCAGUUUGUGGGUGUUCGAUUAUUUUUCGGUAUCAAGGAUUCAUUCCUUGACGGGAUUUUUGGAGGUAGUAAAAUGGCAUAAUGUCCAGCCUGCCACACUACAAUGUCCAGGCAAGAUUUAAAUUCUACAUGAACGAAGACAGCCUCGCUAAAGAAUGGAAGUCCUCAGCCAAAUCUAACACUCAUCAAGCGACGUUCUUAGAGGGAAUUCUUCUAAAAAGCCUUGAGAAAAAUGCUCAGUACUCCUAUGUGGAUUACUCGGUCUUCUUCAGUGGGAUUAAGGACUUCCGAAGACAGACAGAACAAAAGAACCAUGUCCAGAUGGACAUUCUACGUGUCCACAACCAUAAAUUUUCCAUAGAAGUAUUAGGUAACAGGAUUAUACAACCAGAAUUUUACGAUGAAAUAGAAUGUAUUGUGAGAGAUGGAGUGAAACAAUUACCUCGUACACCAGUCAGCAAGGAUAGCGUGUAUUAUCUGACGUCAUUCCAUGCGCUGGAGCAGACGCCAUCAAUGGAAGAGUUAUGGAGCACGUGGAGUGGCGCGAAAUUCAUUCUCUGGAACUGUCCCAGGGUCCUUAAACUUCGAAGAAUAACUUUUCUCAGGGCAACGAUGCGAACUGAAAAUUUUGCAUACCUGAUCCUCUGUGAAUGUGAAAAUGGAAUGGAACACUUAAAUGUUGCCAUGGAUUUCUAUGAAACUCUGAAAACCCGCCGUUGUGGCUUAGUUGGCCUGUAUAAAGUUGAGCGUUACUACAUUCCACCCCACCACAAGUCAGAUAAAUAGAUAAUUGACUGGAUAAUUUCAAUUGUUAUCUGUUCCUAUAUUUGCAAUAAUGUAUAACUCAUGGUGUAUAUGUAGUCGUUGACAUUGUUAUUUUAAAUCCAUUUAAUUAGCCGAUAUAUUGAUGUUUCUCAUACAUCAUUGACAUUUGUCUAUAUCAUAUCAAUUCUUUAAAACAUCUGAAUAAGGUUGUAGUUCACAAUGAUAAUUAUAACCGUCUCACCAUUGUCAAGUUGUUCUCUGUAUAUGUAUAUAUUGAUUAUAUUUCCGUACAACCUUUUUAAGUUUUUAUUAUUAAAUAUACAAAUUCA